UUCCGUGAUGAGCUCAGAGGAUUCUAGAUGAUAUGACAGUAUAGAUGCAAAGCGACAACUGUCACACACACAAAGUGUCCGUAGUGUGAUUCGGGAGAAGAUGCGUUGGUUUGAGGGCUCCAUCCCGGCGGCCAUCGCCACCUCCAAGCAGCAAAGCUCAAUUUUUGUCGUCGUCAUUGCAGGAGAUGACGAGCAGUCCACACAGAUGCUGUCCAGCUGGGAGGACGAGCGGGUAGCCGAGCUCACCGACAACUGCUUCGUCGCCAUUAAAGUGGACGCUAAAAGUGAGACGUGUGUCCAGUUUUCACAGAUCUAUCCCGUGGUGUGCAUUCCAUCCAGCUUCUUCAUCGGGGACAAUGGAGUUCCCUUGGAGAUCAUCGCUGGUGGCGUCUCUGCAGAGGAACUGACCAACAGAAUAAACAAAGUCAAGCAGACACACUCUCAGCAGACGGCCGCUCCAGCUCGGCCAAACCCGGAGACGUCGAUCCAGGAAGGAAGUCAUUCUACUUCUCUAAAUUCUCCAGGAAUCUCCUCCACUGCUGCUUCUGCAUCUAAAGAAGCUCUGUCCAUGCCCAUGGAUGAAGCAGGGGCUUCUGGUCAAGUGACUCCGGGUGAUGAAAGAAGCCAGUCUUCAGAUGACGCGUCUCAGGCGUCUCAGGCAGAGGAGCCUUUGGACGCUAAGGUCGAGAGGAUAACAAAGAAGCUGGAAGAAAGACGCGAGCAGAAACGAAAGGGAGAAGAAGAGAACGAGAUAAAGAAAGAGAUGGAGCGGCGGAAGCUGGGCAAGGAGAUGCUGGACUAUAAGCGGAAGCAGGAGGACGACAAAACGAAGCGCAUACUGGAGGAGAGAAACCGAGAGAAGGCCGAGGAGAAGGCGGCUAGAGAGAGAGUCAAACAGCAGAUAGCUCAGGACCGUGCAGACCGCGCAGCCCGCUACUCUAAAACCCAGGAGGAGGCCGACGCAGCCAGAGCAGCAGCCCUCCAAGCCAGACAGGCCGAGCAGGAGAUGAAGAAAGAAGCUGCGCAGAGAGAGAGAAGUGCGGUUGCCAGGAUACAGUUCCGCCUACCCGACGGUUCGUCCCUGACCAAUCAGUUUCCCUCAGAGACGAAGCUGCAUGAGGCCAGGCAGUUUGCGGCUCAGGAAGUAGGCAACAGGUUCGGCCGCUUCUCUCUGGCCACCAUGUUCCCGAGACGGGAGUUCACAGCUGAAGAUCUGGAGAAGACUUUACUGGAGCUCGAGCUCGCACCCAGUGCCUCCAUCGUCCUGCUGCCGCAGACAGGAAGGCCCACUAACACCGUAGUCCAGUCCUCUAGCACAGGUGGCAUGUGGUCUUUUCUGGGCACCAUCCUGUACCCUUUGCUGGCGGUGUGGAGGUUCUUGAGCGGCUUCAUCUUCAGCAGCCCUCCUCCUGCAGCUCCCCGUAACCAGCCUCAGCACCCAUCAAACUCCUUAAACACCAACUCUGGAGAACCAAAGAGAGAAACGGUCCGUAAAAGGGUCCUAGAGAAGCGACCGGAAGACUUUAAAAAAGACGGUAAGAUCUACCGGCUAAGGACCCAAGAGGACAGCGAAGACGACAACAACACGUGGAACGGCAACUCCACCCAGCAAAUGUAGUGCAAUAACACCACUUUAUCUCUCUCUCUCUCUCUCUCUCUCUCUCUCUCUCUCUUUCUCUUUUUGCCCCGAUGUCUCCUGUCUUCUCUGUACUCUGACUCGGUUUGUCUUAAUGGUGGAUUCGAAGCAAUUUAGGGCUACGAUUUUCAUUCUUUCCUUCUCUUGCAUGGGUAGAUAAAAAAACAAAACAAGAAGAAGAAGUAAAUCUCUCAUGUAAGUUUAAACAGACAUCCACUGUGUGCAGACUUUUUGAGUUUUUUUUUUUUGUUUUUUUGCCAUCUGCUUUCCAGCAGUAUUCUUCUUACAAUAACACCUUGUGCUAAUCAGGCUAAAUUAGAGGCUCAGAAGCUUGAAUCCUGCUGCCUUUUUUUAUUUUUAUUUAAACUGUAACCUGUAUGACACAAAAGGUGUCCAGCGAAACUGUGUGAUUGACUUUGGGGCAAUAGGGUCUUGGCAGCCAGCGUGUUUUAUACGGAAGCUCGGACCUCGUGGAAGAAUAAUAUUUCUACUAGUUGUAAGUGGAAGUCACUUUAACACUCAUUUAACAAAACAAUAAAGAUUUUUUCGAUUAAA